GGAAAGAGCAUUAGAUGUGUAAAAAUGACGAGGCUGAGACAUUCUCUCAUUCUGCACUGACCGUCGUCACAGUAUUUCUCCUCACUUGUGUUUGUACUAGCAGCAUUACAAUGGUCAGCAAAUUAACACAGGAGCAGAUCACAGAGUAUAAGGGAGUUUUCGAGAUGUUUGACGAAGAGGGGAAUGGCGACGUGAAGACACAGGAGCUGGAGAGAGCGAUGAGCUUGAUGGGAAUCAAUCCUACAAAGAGAGAGCUCAGCCAGAUGGCCAAAGACGUCGACACGGAUGGCAAAGGCGUAUUUAACUGUGGCAGCUUCCUGGGUCUGAUGGCACUGUACCAUGAAAGAACCAAGAACCAAGACGCUGAGCUCAGAGCUGCUUUUAAAGUCUUUGAUAAAGAAGCCAAGGGAUACAUUGACUGGAACACACUCAAGUAUGUACUGACCAAUGCAGGAGAACCGCUGAAUGAGAUUGAAGCUGAGCAGAUGAUGAAGGAAGCAGAUAAAGAUGGAGAUGGCACCAUUGAUUAUGAAGAAUUUGUGGCCAUGAUGACUGGGGACUUGUUUAAAAUGAGCUGAAGACUAACGCGGCAGCAGCUGAACAUUCUCAAGUGUCGCAUGAUUGUAAAACAAACCAGUUCAUUCAUGUAAUGCACGCCAAUAGAAAUGUGCACAAUGUGUCACAUGUCUCACUUUUGAGAAUACUUGUACAAACUAUGCACAUGAAAGUAAAAUCUUUACAUUUGAAA